GCCUUUGCACGACAGCUACAGCUGGAGAACCUGCCGUUACGGAAAUUGUUUCUCAGAAGAACUGUGAUUUCUGUUGGAACUGUUGUCAUUAUUGCAGCCUGGCGAUAGUAUUCAUUUUAUGUGCUUGGGAUUCUGCUUAAAGUUUGACUAAAGCUACGAUGCUACGUGUUGGUAUUCCUGACCACCCCGCUGACCUUAAGCGAAGUUCUCUUGCUGCGGAUGUGAUAUGUUUUUAUUGCGUUUUCUGUGGAUAAUGUGGCGAGCGCGUGAUGCAGCGACGCCGCUUUACUGCACCCGAAGGAGCAAAAGUUAAACCCGGUUAAGAUGACGACCAGCGCGCACGGCGAGGACAUCCAGGUGGGGAAUGGAGUCGAAUCUGAUUUUCGGGAAUUUCCAUCAACACAGAAGGAGAUGUCGGCUGAAGAGGACUGCGAUCAGCAUGACCACAAUAUGAAUAAGAGUGGCAACAGCGAAAGCGAAGUGCGGGCCUCGGAUUGCCCCCAAGACGCAGGCACUCUGAAGGGACCUUCAGCGGCCGGCGAGGACUCCUUCCCAACAGCGCUGUCCAUGCGGCUCUCCGCGGUGCGGGGCCCGGACAGACUUCCUGACGAGGGGCUGCAGGAAGUGCUGCGGGGGAAGCUGAGGGUGCUGGAGGCGGACAGCGGAGACGUCACCGCCCUCUUCUCCGAACUCUCGGCCCGGUUGCUCUCAAUCAACAGUGAAGAAGAUCUCAUAUUCAUCACAUUUAAAACAUUUGAGGAGAUAUGGAAAUUCAGCACAUAUUACACAAUGGGCUUCCUUGGACAGUGCAUGGAGAAUCUCCUGAUGGACCAGGAGUUCUGGCUGAACUCUCUGGAGCAGGAUGACCCCGGGAUAGAGGUUUCAGUUCGGGAAGAAACAUUAAGCCUCAUGUACAAGGGGAUCUUAAUGCAAGAAGGGUCCUUUUUCGGGCACUGUACUACCCACCAGAUGUUCGACAGCUCCACGUCCGGUAGCGACCUGUACCUGGAGCAGGGGGACAUCGCCAUGUUUGAGCCCCCCUUCCUGGGCUCAGGGUGGACCGUGCUGUCCCUGGUGGAUGGGGCGAGAGGAACCAAACCCAAACCUGCUCUGGAGCCCGUCGACCCGUUUCAUCAAUGGUUCCUGAAAACAUGCCCGGAGAGCAUCCUGGUCGGAAGCGGAAAGAUGGCAUAUGACUUCCCUUUCCAAUUUGCCGUAGGCUCCUGUGUGGCCACUGUGGAGUACGACGCCUGUGGCCCGGAUGAGCUCAGCUUCGACUGCGGGGACGUCAUUCACAGUGUGGGCCUCCUGGUGUCCUGCUUCCAGUGGUUUCUGGGUAAACACGACUCCACCGGAGACGUAGGACUGGUGAAGACCUGUCUGGUCAAACCCACCCAAUCCCUUUGUGAGUCGACAGAAACAUUUUUAAAUAAAGAAGAAAAACUGCUCUUUAACAUGAAUGACAAGCACACUAAAGAGGAGACGAUCACUUUGUUGAAUAAAACGUCUAAAAGUGACGUUGGCACCGUCUACAAACUAGAUUUUAUAGAACAUCGAGAUUGUCAAGGAGGAGCAAAUCAAAAUGGGCUGUACAGUGUAAAUGCCUCUAAACAAGAAGAACUGAGAAGCAAAAUAGACCUGAUUUUGAGUGACCUGAAAGGACCCAGCUCAUUGGCUGAAGUGGCAGAGCCGUGCCAGGACGAUGAUCCCUCCGAGCCAGCAGGGGGCGAUGAAGCGCCGUGCUUUAUUGUCCAACCUGAAGAGGACAGUGAGAGCCCUGACCGGUUCCUGCCUCUGCUCACAUUCCUGAACUGCGGAGACUACCGGACGGAGUUUUCCGCCCUCUACGACCACUCCCUGCCGUUCCGCGACUCGCUCUUCUCCGGCCACGCCGACGACGACGAGCUCGUGACCUACCUGGGCGUCGCCCGGGAGACAGCCAGGAAGAAGAGGAUGUUCUGGGCCCAGAGCCGGGUGUGCUUCCUGCUGGGCAAGAUGUGCGCCAGGAUGUCCAAGUUCUCCCAGGCCCGGGUCUACUUUGAGGAGACGCUGAGUGUGGUGCGGGACCUCUUCACCGACACACAGCUGCUCAUCUCUGUCUACACCAACCUGGCCGUCAUCUACCUGAUGCAGAAGAACACGGAGAAGUACUUUGCCGUCUCCGAGCGCGUGGCCGCUCUUGUGAUGGCGAUCCCUGACUACAUCUGCAGCACGGAGAAGGAGCCCGAGGUGUUUAAGUACAUCCUGAAGAAGGCCAUUCUGGCUCACAACAUCGCCGCCGAAGCCAGGGCCUGCUUCCUGCUGUCCAAGGUGUACUGGAAGCUGGGGCAGAGUCGGACGGCCGCGCCGUUCCUGGAGAGGCUCCAGGUUCUCGGCGAGGAGCUGCCGGGCACUCGCAGCGGAACACUGAGCCACUGUUACCUGGCUCUGGGGAAGCUCUACGGGGAGAAGUACCUCCCGCACCUGGCCAUCAGCACCGUCCGCCGAGCCUCUCUCCAGCCGUCCGCCGGCCUGGCUGAGAACCUGGUGGGGAUCAGCCUGGUCCUGGAGAACGCUCCCCGGCUGUUCGGCGUGGGGAAGCAGGGCAUCCCCGUCCCCGCCCAGGUGGCCCCGUACCUGAGCCGGGCCCUGGCGUUCGCCUGCGCCGAGGAGGACCGCGCCCUCUGCCGCGCCCUCUCCCUCUGCCUGUCCCAGCUCUUCCAGAAGCACUGCAUGCUGGGACGGGCCAUCGAGCACGUCCGCGCGCUGGUCGCCUGGGGCCCCGGGGCGAGCCUCGCCGAGGCCACCGACACGCUGGUCUACCUGGCCUGGCUCCACGUCUGCAACGGGGAGCACCGCCCGGCCCUGGACGUCCUGGACUCCCUGCUGGCCUCCACCCCCGAAAACUGCACCUCCCCCCAGGAGGGCGUGGUCUACAACCUGCGAGCCAUCGCCCUGCAGCACUCCGGGGACGUCCGGCAGGCCGCGCUGAGCUACCAGGAGGCCAUGGACAUCUGCGAGGAGUUCGACUCCCGCCACAACUGGGCCAUCGCGCUGGCCAACUUCGGCCUGCUCUGCCUGCAGGCCGGGGCCCGGGGCCUGGGCGAGAGCAGCCUGGUCCAGGCGGUGGGCUUCUUCUCCGAGCUGACGGACGAGGGGCACGAGGGGAACUUCAUCGCCGUGCUCCUGGAGCUGGGCCGGUUCUACGUGCAGCAGGGCCAGCCGGAGACGGGGAAGCUCUACUACGAGUGGGCCCUGCUGAUCGCCAUCAAAUCCAACCUGUCCGAGUGCCAGCUGAAGGCUACCCGUUGCCUGUGCCACCUGUACCAGGCAGUGUGCCCAGACGAGGCCCAGUGCAUCAUCUACAACGAGCACCAGCUGACCCUGGUGCGCAAGACCGGCGACAAGGGCCGGGAGGGGGAGAUCCUGCAGGCCAUCAGCCAGCUGUACCUCAGCUUAGGGACCGAGAGGGCGUACCGCUCGGCUCUGGACUACACCAAGCGAAGUCUGGGCAUCUUCAUCGACCUGCGGAGGAAGGAGCAGGAGGCGUACGCCUGGCUGCAGGCUGGGAGGAUCUACCACAUCCUGCAGCAGAACGAGCUGGUGGACCUCUACAUACAGGUGGCCCAGGACUCAGGCCUGAGCACCGGGGACACGCACUUCAUCCUGGAGCUCCUGGAGGUGGCCGGGGACGUCUUCUUCAACGGCGUCUGGGAAAGGGAGAAGGCCGUGUCCUUCUACAGGGACCGGGCCUUUCCCAUCGCAGUGAAGACCAGCAACGCCAGGUCCCAGCUCAGGCUCUCCAACAAGCUGGCGGAGCUCCUGAUGCAGCUCAAACUGUACCGCGAGGCGCUGGAGUUCGCACAGGCUGCCCUGGAACUCAGCGCCGGCUUGGGAGACCGCCUGAACGAGCGCGUAGCCUUCCACCGAUUGGCCACCGUGUACCACUGCCUGGGCCAGUACGAGCUGGCCGAACACCACUUCCUGAAGGCCCUGGCCCUCUGCCCCUCCCCCCUGCAGUUCGACGAGGAGGCGCUCUACUAUGUCAGGGUCUACCAGACGCUCGGUGACAUCAUCUUCUACGACCUCAAGGACCCUCACGACGCGGCGGGGUACUACCACCUGGCGCUGGCAGCCGCCAUGGACCUGGGCAACAAGAAGUCGCAGCUGAAGCUGUGCACCCGCCUGGCCACCAUCUACCACAACUUCCUGGUGGACCGCGAGCUGUCGCUGUUCUUCUACCAGAGGGCGCGGGCCUUCGCCACCGAGCUCAACGUGCGCAGGAUCAACCUGUCGCCCGACCAGAACUUCCACAGCACGGCCCACUACAAGACCGGUGCUCCGUAGCCACAGCGACGGCUUCAGUGCGGUGAAGCUUGGGCCCCACCGGCGGCCAUUUUGUGAAGUUAGAUCACUUGACAAAAAUCCAAUCGCAUAAUUUCAAGAUGGCCGAAUGAAAGCCAAGCUUUUACUUCCAGAGCUCAACAAGAAAUUACAUGCUGUGAAAGAAAAAGUAUUUUAUUUUUUUUGUAUUUUAUGAUUAUGUGCUGUAUCUGUGUUUUGUUUGCGUUAUACUAAUGGCUGGUGAUCAAAAGUAUGCACUAGAAAUGUUACAUUUAAGGGACCACAGUUUGCUCUAUCGCUGAGGGUUCAGAAGGACUGAGAAACUGACAACAAGCACUGAAAAAAUCUUGAAAUUUUAUUUUGUGAACUUUUUUUAAAGAACAGUUUUAGUCCUUAAUUUGACUUAGCUGGACUUAGCUUUUUUUAAUGAAAUAUAUCGAUAUUACAACUUAGUACCGGUUCCUGUAAAUGUUUUACUAGUAGUGAAAUUUUGAGUAGGUGCUAAAUGACAAAAUGUGCCAAUGAAGACAUAAGUGUGAAUUUGCUAGAUUAACCUCUUAAAAGCUCUGUUGGGCUGCUGCUCUAAUCGGCAUUAAAAUACUAACGCAGAGAAAUGAGACGGAGCGGUAAUUAACAGCACAUGCUACAUCAGGAUUAAGCCAAAGACCUUAAAUCAUCUGCAUAUUUUUACAUUUUAAAAUGAUCUUAAAGAGAAAUGGAUGCUUAAUUUCAGAUUGUUUAUUUUUUAAAAGUACCUGUGUCUUUACAGUAAAAUCUUUAGCAUUUCGUUCAACUCAGUAAUAGUUUAUACAAGGGUCCAAAGGGAGUAAAAUGUAGUCUGACACAUUUCACUGUGUAUCACAACACCUGGUUUCAAUAUCAUAAGGUUUGCAUAGGCCAGGGGUGCACUUACUUCCUGGAAGUCCGGUCAGCUUGCAGGUAUUUUUUCCAACCAAUCACCUUAGUUGUAGUUUUCGGACAGUUCUAUAAACUACGCCGGUUUACUCCUGUCAGUAAAAUGUUUAGGAUACUCUUGUAGUCCGCGGUUGUAGCUGGUGCGUGUACAAAUGUCAGAUCAAGGCAUGAUUGAGCUGAGUAAAUCAUUAAGAGCAGAAGCUGGCACAAACUCCUGAGGGAUCGGGCUUGUUGUGCCCCCCUGGGACAGCUUAUAUUCAUAAAAUGGAAUCACCAGGUGUAAUCCGAUGAAAAAUGAAAAAAAUGAAAAAACAUUUUAAUUCAAGCGUACUACAUACCACAGGAGAGUGAUGUGAUUAGUGGACGUAGCUGUAUUCAAGACUCUGUGAAACCUGUUAACUGUGGAGAGAAACGUUUACAUGCAUAACUGACAGGGCCAUGCAUCCUGCAGGGGGCGCUAUAACUCUGUAAUACCAGUCUGUACAUGUACACAAAGAAAGUGUUCCUUUUUUUAAAAUUCUAUUUCCAAAUGAAUAAAUAUAUUUUGAAACAGUG